UCAAGAGAGACCAGAGGAAAGCUAAAAAGAUUUCAAGUUGAGAAUGUCGUUAUCGCUCUUUAAGAUUUAGGGAUCAACAUUCAACAAGUCAAAACUGGGAGUAUGACAACGUGAAGGAGCUCGGACGAUGGUCAGGGAUCAGGCGGGAUGGCGAGCAGAACGGCCAAGGUGCUCGCCGUCGCGGUGGCCAGCACGGUGCUCGUGGCGGCCGAGGUGGCCCUCUACCUCUGCCUGCGUCUGUCGAGGCCGUUCUACCUCUCCACGGCCGCCGUCCUGGCGGCGACGGUCCUGACGCUGCUGAUCCUGCUCCACUGCACCGCGGGGCGGGCGGAGCGCAUGGCGGCGCGGCGGGCGCUGGACGACGGCGAGGAGCUGCGCGUCGAGUACAGCUACUUCCGCAAGGUGGCCGGGCUGCCGCGCAAGUUCUCGCUGCACGCGCUGGCGGCGGCCACGGACGACUUCCGGUGCGUGGCCGGGCGGGGCGCCUCGGGCACGGUCUUCCGCGGCGUCCUCGACGACGGCACCCCCGUCGCCGUCAAGCGGAUCGCCGACGACCGCCCCGGCGCCGCCGGACGCGCCGACAAGGAGUUCCGGGCGGAGGUGGCCGCCAUCGCCGGCGCGCAGCACGUCAACCUGGCCCGCCUCCUCGGCUUCUGCCUCGGCUCCCCGCGCUUCCUCGUCUACGAGUACAUGGACCACGGCUCCCUCGACAGCUGGAUCUUCCCUUCCCCCGGCGACGCCGACGCCGACGCCCGCCCGCGCGGCUGCCUGCCGUGGCCGCGCCGCUACCAGGUCGCCGUCGACGUCGCCAAGGCGCUCGCCUACCUGCACCACGACUGCCGCUCCAAGGUGCUGCACCUGGACGUCAAGCCGGAGAACAUCCUCCUCGACGACGGCUUCCGGGGCGUCCUCUCCGACUUCGGCCUCUCCAAGCUCGCCGGCAAGGACCAGAGCCGGGUGGUCACUGCGGUGCGCGGCACCGCGGGGUACCUGGCGCCCGAGUGGCUCCUCGGCGCCGGCGUCACCGAGAAGUCCGACGUCUACAGCUACGGGAUGGUGCUGCUGGAGCUGGUUGCCGGCCGCCGCUGCGUGCGGCCGGAGGAGGACGGCGGGUGGUCGUACCUGCCCAAGAUCGCCGCCGAGAUGACGCGCGCGGGGCGCGUCAUGGAGGUCGUGGACCGGAGGCUCUCCUCCGGCGUCGGGGACGCGGAGAAGGCGGCGGUGCGGCGCGCGGUGCACGUGGCGCUGUGGUGCGCGCAGGAGAAGGCCGGGGCGCGGCCGAGCAUGGCGCGCGUGCUGGAGAUGCUGGAGGGGAGGCUCGCCGGGGAGGUGGAGGCGCCGCCGCCGUCGGACACCAUCAUGGAGGACCUGCUGGCGCUCGGCCACGCGCGCGCGCGCGGCGGCGGGCCGUUCCGGCUGCCGUCGGCGGGCCCGGCCGGGAGGGCCGCCUCGUCGGCGUCGGUGCUGAGCAAGUACGACUCGUUCGCCAUGUCCUACCUGUCAGGGAGAUAGCGUUCCUCUUCAUGCACAGUCGGGUCAGCUAUUACUCUUAGAGCAUCUCCAACAUGCGCGCCAAACUAGCGCCGCGCCGCAAAAUCCCCUCUUUUAGCGCGCGCAACCGGAAUAGCUGCUCCAGCGGGCGCGCGAAAACCGCGCGCGCGGCAUACGUAGUCCAGCGCGCGGGCCGAAACGCAAUCGCGCGCCGCUUAUUUGCUGCGCCCGCUCCCGCGCGCUGGACUCUCGCGCGCUCGCUCGCACCUCCCACCCCCCUCCCUCUCCAGUCGCGCCGCCGCCGCCGACCGCGCCACCCGGCGACCGUUCCGGCACUUCCCCGGCCUAUCCCCGCCCCACGCGCGCUUUCUCCGGCCCCCCUCUAGGCCCGCCGCCCCGCGCGCGUGUUGGUCGCCGACGAACAGCGCCCGCUAGGUGUUCGACAAAACGCCUAGAAGAUAUGUAUUGCUCAAAAGCCAUGAAUUUCAUGCACGUUGAUUGUAGUUUUUUUAUUUAUAGCAUAGUAUUCAACAUUGUAGAUGAGUUCGUCGUAUGAUUCUUCCGAAGAAGAAUUUGAUAUGGAA